UCACGGUUGUCGGUGCAGUAGAUCGUGUCCAACGACAAACAUAAAAAACAAACAUCUGAGUUCGGAUCCGAGAGGGAGCACCAAUCGUCGCUUAAUCUCCUCCAAAACCUCGAUUAAUGUUUGUUUGUCUUGUCACAAUGUGCUAAGACAGAUCUCUACUUGGACUACUUUUUGCCUGCCUCUUGUGGUUUUGGUUGGUCCUGAAAAAUGGGAGCUAAAUCUAGGUGCAAGGGUUGGUGGGCGUGGCUGCUGGUGCUCGCGAUCUUCGGCCUCGUCGUCGGCGCCGUCGUUCUUGCCGUCGUCAAGAAAGUAAAGAAAAACUCCGGCGGCGACGACGGGGCGGUUCCCGGGCCUCCCGGCGCCAUUACCCAGAAAUACUCCGACGCUCUCAAACUCGCCGUCCAAUUCUUCGACGUCCAGAAAUCUGGUCAGUUGGUCGAUAACAAGAUAUCGUGGAGAGGGGAUUCGGGUCUGAAAGAUGGAAGCGAUGUGAAGUUGGAUUUGUCCAAGGGAAUGUAUGAUGCUGGGGAUCAGAUGAAGUUUGGUUUUCCAAUGGCGUAUACUGCCACAGUGUUGUCGUGGACGAUUCUUGAGUAUGGUGAUCAGAUGGAUGCGGUGAAUCAGUUACAAACCGCUCAAGCAUCUCUGAAGUGGAUCACUGACUUCCUUGUCAAUGCUCAUCCCAAGGACAAUGUGCUCUACGUUCAGGUAGGUGACCCUAAAAAGGACCAUGCAUGUUGGUAUAGGCCGGAAGACAUGACCGAGAGUAGGCCAGUCACACAGGUCAACACAUCCGCUCCAGGAACGGAUGUUGCAGCUGAAACUGCAGCGGCUAUGGCUUCGGCAUCUCUGGUCUUCAAGAAAAGUGAUGCCACAUAUUCAGAUACGCUUCUCAAGCACGCCAAGCAGUUAUUUACUUUUGCUGACAAAAACAGAGGCUCUUACAGUGAAAGCAUCCCUGAGGUCCAGCAAUUUUACAAUUCAACGGGAUAUGGAGAUGAGCUUUUGUGGGCAGCAGCCUGGCUUUACCAUGCAACUGGGGAUAAGGAAUACCUUGAUUACGUCACAGGGGAGAAUGGAGAUGAGUUUGCUCAAUUUGGUAAACCAACAUGGUUCAGUUGGGAUAACAAGCUUGCAGGAACCCAGGUUUUGCUUUCCAGGUUGACCUUCUUUGGUGGGAAGGACACCUCAGACAAUUCUGGCCUUCAAAAGUACAGGAAAACAGCUGAGGCUGUUAUAUGUGGCUUCCUGCCAAGCUCGCCAACAGCCACGAAAAGCAGAACAGACAAUGGUCUGAUCUGGGUCAGUGAAUGGAAUGCUCUGCAGCAGCCAGUUGCUGCUGCUUUCCUAGCUGCUCUUUACAGUGACUACAUGCUUACAUCUCGCUCCACAAAACUAGAGUGCGAUGGAGAUACCUAUAAGCCAUCAGAUAUUCGGAAAUUUGUUAGAUCUCAGGCGGAUUAUGUCUUGGGCGACAAUCCUAUGAAAAUGAGCUAUCUUGUCGGGUACGGGGAUAAAUAUCCCAAAUACGUACACCACAGAGGAGCUUCUAUCCCGGCUAAUCAGAAGACUGGCUGCAAAGAUGGAUUCAAGUACCUUGACUCAACUGACCCCAACCCUAACAUAGCCGUUGGAGCACUUGUUGGCGGGCCAUUCCUAAACGAAACAUACAUUGAUGCCCGGAACAACUCGAAGCAAGCGGAGCCGAGCACAUACAACAGUGCGGUCAUUGUUGGCCUUCUGUCAAGUUUGGUGACAACCUCUUCAGCAGUUAAAUCCUUCACCUAGAGAGUCGUAGAUAACUGAUUACAUUUGUUUGUAUUAUAUAUAUUGCUCUGUACCUGUUUGUAUGCAUGCCCUGGGGACUGUUUCUAUACACAAUUUAGUGAUGUAAUGCAGUAGUACGUAUUUGCUUUCCAA